UAAAGUAACAGUGUCGAAGCACUGUAAAAAAAAAAGUACACUUCUAAAACUACACAUAAUAGGAGUAUGAAAACAAACAACCUGCAAAAACAGACACUGUACAAAAAGCAGGUGCUGGGGAUAAAGUGGAAUGAUGUUAAGUGUUAUUGUAAUGAAAAUAGAAAAAUAUGAAACAGUAGUGACCAUGAUACAGAAAAUAAUUAAAAAUAAUUAGAAAGUAAGUGACCAUAAUAUAAAUAAUACUACAAGAUAGCAUACUGGAAAUAAGAAUAUUGCAAUGUAACCAUUUUAAGUGACCAUGAUAUAAAUAUAGAUGUUAAGUGUUGAAUAUUAGGAUGUACACAUUAUAGAGUGGCCACGGUUUAUUCAUUGCGUUUACAUGGACAUUAUUAACCCCGCAGCGUAAUGACCAUAGCAGCGGCUUUAGCGGGGCAUGCGCAGACGCAUCUCCCCGACAGUAACCCGGUUAUGCUGUUUACAUGCAUCAACUGUGCAUCAAUAAUCGAACAAUGGGGCUUCGGUGAGUGUUUGAACUCUUCUAUAUGUUUGUUUUUGUAAGAUUCAGUCAUAGACAGCUGACAUGUGUACAUUAACCGACUUUAUUGGACAUAAACUAAGUGGAACUUAAACAAGAUGACGUUCGGUUGUUGUUGUUUUUUUCAAACUCUCAGUACCAUGUCAUAUUAUAUAGGCUAGUAUCAUAAAAGACCCACCAAAACCAACAUAUCAGACAUAUACGCAUUAUAGUGUGACCAUGGUUUUUUGUCCCGUACGACCUUACAGUUGUGAGGCGGAGAUUGUGAUCUGUCAUUGAAGUUCUUAGUAAAUGUAAUCAGAGCUGUGUAGAAGUUAAAAGAUAAUCUGUUUGACUUUAAAUAUAGCAGUUUUUAAAAAGCACAAAAUUAACGAGGUUUCGGUUUAACGAGUAAUGUGUUAACUAGUCACUCAGCAUGCAUCGUGGUAACCUUAAAGUUACUUUCCUCUGAUUAAAAAACAAACAGAACAGCAUUCAGUUUUACUUAAAUUAAUGCAGCAGAUUUUCAGUUGUAAAAGUAUGCAAAUAAAUGUAGUAAUCAUUACUAUAGAUUAUAGGUCUUACAGUAAAGAUUUAGUUUAUCUAUCCGCAGUUUACAUGACAUAACUUUUUUUCUCUCUCUCUCCUAGGAACUGCUGCUUAAUCACCUGUUAGAAAGACUUCGCUCUCGAUUGGAAAAUAUUCUGGGACGCAUGCCUCUGGAUUUGGACUUUUUAGAGUUCACUUGCACACAAGAACUUGUGUUUUUAAAUGCUGUAGCUGGUCAGGUAGCUGUUUGUCCAGCAAUUUUAGAUGCACUUACACAGUUACACAGUCUUAUAAACAUAGAAAAAGAAAAAAGUAAGCAACAUAUUGUAGUUGUGCAGUUUGAGGAAGGACCAGCUGGGCGACAACGAAUGGCCAUAUCCCCAGACCACCUUUGCAACCUUCUCGAACUUAAUCUGUCUGUCCCCUGUAUUGCUAAACUUAUGGGGAUAUCCAGAAGCACAGUGUACCGGCGCAUGGCCGAGUACAAUCUCUCAAUAAAGGCACUAAACAGCACCAUGACAGAUGAAGAGUUAGACCAGUGUGUGAGAGACAUUAAAUCCAGACAGCCUCAUUCUGGAUACCGAAUGGUGAAGGCACUUGUGCAAGCGAGAGGACUAAGGGUGCAGUAUAACCGUGUCAGAGCUUCCAUGCACCGUGUUGACACCACUGGUGUCAUCUCCCGUAUGCUCCAUUUGGGAUGUAUUGCUCGACGGACCUACUCAGUUCCAGGCCCCCAGUCUUUAGUUCAUAUUGAUACAAACCAUAAAUUGAUUCGCUACAACAUUGUUAUCUUUGGUGGCAUUGACGGUUUUUCCCGCAAGAUAAUGUAUCUUGGUACCGCUUCCAACAACCUAGCAUCAACUACCCUGGCUUUCUUCCAACAAUCUGUUGAGAAGUUUGGGUUUCCUCUAAGGGUACGUGGUGAUCAGGGGGUAGAAAACGUGGACGUUGCUCGACUCAUGUUUUCAGUUCGUGGCACUGGAAGGAGCAGCUUUAUAUCUGGGAAGAGUGUUCACAACCAACGGAUUGAGCGGCUGUGGAGAGACUUGUGGGUAGCUGUAACAAGCAUCUACUACGAUGUUCUCCACUACCUUGAAGAAGAGGGCUUCCUCAGCAUCGACAACAUUACACACCUCUUCUGCUGCCACUUUGUGUUCCUCCCACGCCUGCAGGAUGACCUCGAUACUUUUCGCAGUGGUUGGGACAAUCAUCCCAUAAGAACUGAGAGCCAGAUGACCCCUAACCAGCUGUGGAUGCUGGGUCGUGCACAUCACCCAAUUCCUGAGCCAGAGGAUAUGGACAUUCCAGAUAUUGAGUGGGAAAACAGUGGACUUCCCCAUGAUGACCACUCAAGCAUCAUUGUUCCAGAUGCAGAUUGCCCGCUGAAUGAUGAACAAAUAACAUCUUUAGGAGAUGCAGUUAACCCAAGAGCUGCAUCCCAGUCCUUUGGCUGUGAUAUUUACAUUGCCACUGUUCAGUUCUGUGAGCAAUUUCUUUCUCUGUAAAACAACUGAAUUGAGAGCAACAAACUAAAUGGAUGUUGUCAAAGCUUUGAUGUAAGCACUGAUUUAGCCCUCGGGCCACAUGUUUGACACCCCUGCCUUAAUGGCUGGGCCACUAAGGACAGUUAGUCAGCAAGAGAAACAGAAUUAUCUCAGCAACCUUACCUCCACAAAUCACAUCAAAGUAAUAUCUUGAAAAGAUCUUUAAUUUUAGUCCAUUACUGAAAAAUGUUUAACUGAUAAACUGAUUUUGUUUUAUGAGAAAUUGAUUUCUCAUGUAUUGUUUGUACAAAAUAUAAUAGCAAGAACUUUUGCACUUUAACUAGAUCUUGUAUCCUGUGACAACUGACACAAGAUACAUUUAGCGUAUACUGUACCUGCUGUACCGGUCCCCAAACCACCACAUAAUCAUAUACAACACACAGUUUUAAUUUGUGUGCUGUAAGGAAACGGGAGGAGAGUUUUGAGCUGUUAAAAAGGAAACAAGAUACAAUAGAUUCAGAAUGACUUAGCUACAGUACUCAGCUUUAAACUAUUUUAGACUCUCAGAAGUUAUUUGAUUUGUCAUAUUUCAUUUCAUUCAAGAAAUUUUCUAUUAUUUGUUUGACAUCUAAAGGAAUGAGCCAUGUACCACAUUUUUAUGUGAAAGCUGAAUAUCGGCAUUUGUUUUGUGAUUCUGCAAAGACUUGCAUCUUCUUCAGCUGUAACAGUGAAACCACUACAGUCAAGUCCACAUAACUCCUGGAUUAAUGAUUUAUUUGUCUGCAGAGAUUAUUUAUAAUGAACAUGUUGCCAAAAACCUCCUGCAACUUUAUGCACACCACCAUUGUAUGUGUGUGAAAUUGACAUUUGUUUUAGUAAAACUGCAAAGGGCAUUCAAG